AUGAUCGGACACCCUCGCCAUGAUUGUCUCACACGAGUGACGAUCACCAGCGCCAGGUUGGCACGUGUGAUCGUUGGUGGGCGGCAGUUAACACCCACCACCGACGGUGGGCGGCAGUUAACACCCACCACCGACGGUGGGUGGCAGUUAACACCCAGCACCGACGGUGGGCGGCAGUUAACACCCACCACCGACGGUGGGUGGCAGUUAACACCCACCACCGACGGUGGGCGGCAGUUAACACCCACCACCGACGGUGGGCGGCAGUUAACACCCACCACCGACGGUGGGCGGCAGUUAACACCCACCACCGACGGUGGGCGGCAGUUAACACCCACCACCGACGGUGGGCGGCAGUUAACACCCACCACCGACGGUGGGCGGCAGUUAACACCCACCACCGACGGUGGGCGGCAGUUAACACCCACCACCGACGGUGGGCGGCAGUUAACACCCACCACCGACGGUGGGUGGCAGUUAACACCCACCACCGACGGUGGGCGGCAGUUAACACCCACCACCGACGGUGGGCGGCAGUUAACACCCACCACCGACGGUGGGCGGCAGUUAACACCCACCACCGACGGUGGGCGGCAGUUAACACCCACCACCGACGGUGGGCGGCAGUUAACACCCACCACCGACGGUGGGCGGCAGUUAACACCCACCACCGACGGUGGGCGGCAGUUAACACCCACCACCGACGGUGGGUGGCAGUUAACACCCACCACCGACGGUGGGCGGCAGUUAACACCCACCACCGACGGUGGGUGGCAGUUAACACCCACCACCGACGGUGGGCGGCAGUUAACACCCACCACCGACGGUGGGCGGCAGUUAACACCCACCACCGACGGUGGGCGGCAGUUAACACCCACCACCGACGGUGGGCGGCAGUUAACACCCACCACCGACGGUGGGCGGCAGUUAACCCCCACCACCGACGGUGGGCGGCAGUUAACACCCACCACCGACGGUGGGCGGCAGUUAACACCCACCACCGACGGUGGGCGGCAGUUAAUACCCCACCAACGACGGUGGGCGGCAGUUAAUACCCCACCAACGACGGUGGGCGGCAGUUAA